GAACGAAUCGAGUCAGAUCAUAAUCCUCUGCUCAUCAAGUGGGGUGAUUUCCAGCAUAUAAGAAGGUUUUGGAGAUUUGAGAAUAUGUGGCUGGAGGACGAGAGGUUUUUUGCCAGUCUUAAUGAAUGGUUUCAAGCUCCAGUUCAAGGUAGAGGAAGCAUAUUCUUGUGGGUGAAAAGAUUACAGGAUCUGAAAUUGAAAAUUAAGAACUGGAAUAGAGAAGUUUUUGGCAAUAUCAAUCUGCAGAUCGAUUGGGCAAAUUAAGGGAUAUUGAUUCAACUAAAGAGGCUCGUAGUCUUUCUGAAGAAGAAAUUGCAGACAGAUGCAGACUGAGUAACAAAUUGGGAAGGCUGCUUUACUUGCAAGAGAUCUCCUGGAGACAAAAAUUAAGAGAAACUUGACUCAAGAAGGGAGACAAUAAUACAGGUUUCUUUCACAAGGUGGCUAAUUUUCGUAGGAAGUUAAAGUUCAUUAGUUGUAUCAAGAUUGAUCGCGAGAAAGUAGAAGGGAAGCAAGAGCUUGCGAGGGGAAUCUUCGGUUUUUAUUCUAGGCUCUUUACCGAAGACAUAAUCAGAGGCCUUUUCCUAGUGUUUAUGUUGAUAGAGGCUGGAUGACAUUGCUAAAGAGGAGCUUGUUUGUAGCUUCUACGAACAGGAAAUUUGGGCGAGUCUUUCGGAUAGUGACGACGAUAAAGCUCCAGGACCCGAUGGUUUAUCGUGGGAAUUUUAUAAAAGGGGUUGGCAGUGGAUCAGAGGAGAUAUUCUUAAAAUUUUUCAAGAAUUUCACAGCAGCGGCUUAUUACCUCAGUGCGCAACUCACUCUUUUCUUUGCCUUGUGCCUAAAAAGGAUACAGUGGAAGAGAUCAAGGACUUGCGUCCCAUCAGCCUCAUGGGUAGCUUGAAUAAGUUGAUAAGUAAAAUUCUUGCCCGUUGGAUGAGCAAGGUGUUGCCUCAACUAGUUUCUCCCAACCAGCAAGCUUCCGUCAAAGGGAGGCAGAUUUCGUAUGCUGGUCUGAUCGCGUUUGAGCUCUUGGACAGACGGCGGAAGAGCAAGAACCCUGGGAUUAUGUUUAAACUCGAUAUCGAAAAGGCAUUUGACAAUGUUAGUUGGGAUUGCCUUUUCAAAGUUCUUUCGAAGCUUGGUUUCCCUUCUAAGUGGCAAAGCUGGAUUCGUGGAACUAUGUGCUCUCCAGUCAUAUCCACUCUCAUAAACGGCGAAGCUAAAGGUUAUUUCCAGCCGCAAAAAGGUCCGCGCCAAGGCGAUUCGCUUUCUUCUGGUCUUUUCUCCCUUGUUAUGGACGUUUUGUCCUUUAGGAUGAACAAGGUGCAGGAAGCCGAGAAAAUCAAAGGGUUUUGCAUGAACAAGAACAGGGGUGCCGGGGAAGUCUCACAUGUAUUAUUCGCUGAUGACACACUCAUCUUUUGCGACGCUUCCUGUGAUCAAGUCUUAAGCAUUAUGGCCACGCUUGUUUGCUUCCAAGCUGUUUCGGGACUAAGGAUCAACUUAGACAAAUCGAUUAUGUUUACUGUUGGCGAUGUUCCAAACUCAGAAUUCUUUGCGAAUAUUAUUGGGUGUAGGUGGAGCAAUGAGCCGUUCAAAUAUGUUGGAUUCCCUCUUGGAUCAAAGGUGAAUGCUAUCGCGACUUGGGAUCCCAUCAUUGAGAAGUACCAACAAAGGCUCGAGGGUUGGAAGGCCAGGUUUCUUUCCUUUGGUGGCAGACUAGUGUUGAAUAAAUCAGUUUUGUCAAAUCAUCCCUCGUACUAUUUCUCUCUACUGCGAGCUCCUAUGGAGGUAGUGAAUAGAAUCGAAAAGAUCCAAAGGAGAUUUGUUUGGAGUGGUACGACUGAUAAUCAAAGGAUCCCCUUGUGAGAUGGGAUUUGUGCAAGGUUUUGAAGGAGAAUGGAGGCCUUGGUGGAAGGAGCUAAUAAACACCAAAUAUUCUGAUUCCCAGUCCAUUUGGCAGAGUGAUCGCUGUAAAAGCGGUUUCUCGGGGUCUGUCUGGGCCAAUAUCACUAGGGAGUACGAGACUUUCUAGAAGAAUGUUCAUAUUGAUCCUGAAGGAGGUGCUUGGGUCUCCUUCUGGAAGGAUUGCUGGAUCCGACCGUGACCCUUGCUAAAGCUUUUCCGCGCGUCGCCGCUGUCGCUUCUUCCCCUGAUGCUUGGGUCGCCGACAUCGCAACCAGGGCAGGUGAGACUGUUCAUUGGAAUCUUAACUUUAACGUCAAUUUGAGAAAGAUAGAAACAUGCAUUUCGAUUUAUUUAGCAUUUGGACUUAUUUGCUAGUUUAUGAUUGUUUAUGAAUUUAUGGGUAAUUGGGGGAUUUAAUUGGGGGUUUAAUAAGUUGGGGUAGUCAUUGGUAAUUAGGAAUUGUUAUUUAAACUAUUUUUCUACGUUGAAUGAGAUUAGCAAAGAGAUUAAAUCCUAAUAAUAUUCUAAUCCCUCUCCCUCUUUCUCUCUUUGCCGACCCCAUCCUUCCCCUCCCUCUCUGGCUGCGCGCAGCUUCCUCCUUUCCCCCUUACCUCUCAAUUUUAAUUUCACUUCCCUCUUCCCUUCCCCAGUACACUCGACCCACAUCAGGAGCCCAAAUCAAGGCUCCUUUUCCAUUUUGAAUUCCCUUUCGCAUCAUUCGAUAGAUCCCGGAGAACGGGUUUCUAUCAUCUGGUAUCAGAGCCCGAUUCCGACUAUUGAGUUUGUCGCAACUCUACACCGGGACGGGCAGCAACACCAUGGCGAUCAGGUGCGAAAAAGGAAAGGGAUGGCGGUUAGAGAAUAUAAUAUCACCCUUGUCUCCUUUAUCUAAACAGAUAAAAAAGUCAUUGUAUGACAAAAAAGCUUUAUACUAAAGCAAGAAGGCAGAAGUACAAAUGGAAUGAUGAGAUAGCUGCAUUACAUCACAAAAGCAUAAUAAGUAUAGAAGUGUUCACCUGUUGCUGGUUUACUAAUGAAACUAAAGUUAUUUC